GUAUACUUGCAUAUUGCAGAUAUCGCAUAUUAUAACAUAUUGCAUAUCGCAUAUUGCAUAUCGCAUAUGGCAUAUCGCAUAUCUGCAUAUUGCAUAUUGCAUAUCGCAUAUUGUAACAUAUUGCAUAUCGCAUAUCGCCUAUUGCAUAUUGCAUAUCGCAUAUUGCAUAUUGCAUAUCGCAUAUCGCAUAUUGCAUAUUGCAUAUCGCAUAUCGCCUAUUGCAUAUUGCAUAUCGCAUAUUGCAUAUUGCAUAUCGCAUAUUGCAUAUUGCAUAUCGCAUAUUGCAUAUUGCAUAUCGCAUAUUGCAUAUUGCAUAUCGCAUAUCGCAUAUUGCAUAUCGCAUAU